CAAGGGCGGGAAGAAAGUGGCUCAUAACGCCAGCUACAGGCGGGUUCCUGGGGGUUUCUCCGCCUUGGGGAGGCGGAGAACUCAAUCUGAGCUAAAGGAAAGCGCUCCGCGGGAAGGAGCUGGGAGAUCGAAGAUCCGUCUCCCCCUUCCGUUUCACAAACGGAGCGCAACCCUCCGAUCCGGCCGCCGUCCUUUCGGAACCCGGGCCAUGGGAGAGACUUUUCUGCGCUGCCCGCUGCGUACUCCACGCGGCCGGGUUUUGGUGUCGCUACCGCCGGGCGGCGAGUUCUUGCUGGGCACUCCGGAGCUCGUAAGCCGGGCGACCGACCUGGGUUUCUGCAUCCCCAUCCAGGAGAUGGUUGCUGUGAGGCUUGGAAGAGCCAGUAAAAGAAAGGAGGUUUGGGAAUCUACUGUGGAUGAAAACUCUUUCACAGUUUUUUUUAUACAGCGGGAAAAAGGAGAGUAUUGGAACCUCGGGGUGCUGGAGUUCACUGCCCCAUCCACGUCUCAGCUGGCAACACGCUGGGUCUGUGCCCUUCAGACCUGGAUUCAUCAUCAUGGUGUUACACGGCCCAAGAGUCUCCUUGUCUUCAUCAAUCCAGCGGGAGGACGUAAGCGAGCAAUGGAGAUCUACCGAAGUCAGGUGGCUCCACUGUUUGCCCUGGCCGGGAUCCAUGCUCAGACUGUGGAAACCUGCCAUGCGAAUGCGGCUCGUGACUACAUCCUGCAGCAAGAUCUCCGUGACUUUGAUGGGCUGGUGAGUGUGGGAGGUGACGGCACAUUCAAUGAACUGAUGCACGCCUUAAUCGACCGGACCCAGCAAAAGGCAGGGAAACUCAAAGAGGACUUUGAUGCGGAGCCUCUGUCCCCAAGACUUCGUAUUGGCAUCAUUCCUGCAGGUUCUACAGAUUGUGUCUGCUUUGCAACUGUGGGAACAAAUGACCCCGUCACCUCCACUCUGCACAUCAUUAUAGGGGACAGCCAGCCCCUGGAUGUCUGCAGCAUUUGGCACAAUGGGAAGCUUUUACGCUACUCCGUCUCCCUGGUCGGUUACGGUUUCUACGGUGAUGUCGUGAGCACCAGCGAGAAGCACCGUUGGAUGGGGCCAGUGCGCUACACCUUUGCAGGAGCCAAAGCAGUGCUGAGCAACCGCAGCUAUGAAGGCACUGUGGAAUUCCAGUUAGCAACGUCAGAGGAGACCAAUCCACGAGAUCAGUCGCGCUGCCGGUCAGGCUGCAUGGUCUGUUCUGAGUCUAGCAAAAACCUCGUGGGUGAAAGCAAGGAAGAAAAAUUUUCAGAAUUCACAAGGCAGACAGGUGGUGAAUGGCAGCAGGUUCAUGGUAGCUUCCUGGCAGUCAACCUGACCUGCAUGAGCAGUGCCUGUCCCAAGAGCCCCCAGGGUCUCUCACCUUGUGCCCACUUGGCUGAUGGAACUGCCGAUCUCAUUUUGGUGCACAAAUGCUCAGUGUUGUCCUUCCUGCAGCAUUUGAAUCGGCACACCAAUUGCUCAGACCAGUUUGAUCUGCCCUUUGUGAGUGUGUACCGGGUUCGCGCUGUUCGCUUCACCUCCUCCAAAGGGGAGGACUGGCAGGAUGGACAACCAGCUGCACAGGAACAGAACAUGCUCUGUGGGGGAAUAUGCCAAGGACGGCCGCCAGUCAGCUGCUGGACCUGCGAUGGUGAGACCUUGAACCACACUGACAUCACCAUUCGAGUACACGGGAGUCUCAUCCAUCUCUUUGCCCGUGGAAUUGAACAGGAGCCCAGCAUAUUCUAGAAGCUUUCUGCCCAAUGAAUGACCUGAUGGAAGGCAAGUCUACUGCUGAAGACGUCGGACCACGGCCUCAAGAGAGUUACUGCCUAAUAUGUUUAUUUAUUAGGAAUUGAACCCAAGAGGCUCAAGGAUAGAAGCUGGGCUUGAGAGAAAGUUCAGCUCCAAUUAUCAGAGACGGCCUCCUCCGUAGAGAAGUGCUGCCCCCAACUCCUGUCUGAGGCUGCUGCCUUGUCCUGGGGGAAGGCAGAGGCAUGGAUGCUAGGUUGGCUGCACAGAUCCCAGGUCCUCUGCUCCCGUAUUUUAUGGCCUUCAGGCCAGCUGCAAUUGUGCAAUACU